AUGUCAAUAGUUUGCAACAGUUGUGGGGCUGCAGUACAACUGUCAUCGACUCUCAGCCAGCAACUGAGCCCAUCUAAUGAUCCUCUCAUACCCUCCGUCAAAGUUCAGAUUGACAAACUUACGGCCCAAAACUCAAGUCUAGCUGCGGAAAAUGAUUCCCUAGUCAAUAAACUGGUCGAAUCAACCGAAGGGCGCAUGGACCUUGAUCAACAGCUUAACAUCACACAAAUGGAGCUCCAGGCAGCUCAAAGUGAACUGAAAAUGCUCAGAGAAAAUGAAAAGCACUAUGAAAAACUAUUAAACAUGAUAUCUUCAGGUCAGCUAAUUGAAAAGAAGGAUGUUCAGCCCGUUAUUGAGAACCUCGCUUAUGAGUCCCAGAGGCGAUCCCAGAUCGAAACUUCCAAGAUGAAGCUAGAAUCUGAGCUAGAAGACCUCAGUAGGAGUCUCUUUGAAGAGGCCAAUCGAAUGGUUAAAGAGGAGCGACGAGCAACAUAUAUGGCUGAAAAAAAGAUCGAGUCGUUAGAGAGACAAUUAGACGAAGUCUUGGAUCUUUGCAAGUCUGAAAGAGACCAAUUAGUAGAGCUGAAGAUAAGAAUGAGCAAGCUAUCAGAUGAAAAGGAUAUAGUUCAACAUGAGCGGGAUGCAAUUGAGCUGGCAUUUGUACAGCUUCAGCAUCAGAUGCAACAGCAACAGCACUAUCACCACACCAUGUCCCCCUCAACAUCCAUUCACCAUCACAUGUCAACAGCAGCUGUUGCACGCCGCUGGAUACCUUCCAACUCCAUGUCAGGCUCAUUCUCCGGUAUGCAUGCAGAGACUGCAGUAGGGACCAGAAAGUAUGUCCAGCAAAUUCUACAACAUGAUGCACGCCAGCACCGCAGCUCUGCCUCCAGUGUCAAAUCCAAAACGGACUCGUGCUACUUCUCAGAUGAGGAUCACCCUGGUUCACAUUUACUCAACGAUUCAAACGAUGAUCGUAUCCCCAGCCUUGGGUUCCAUCUUUGGGAUCCAUCCUUCGUUGAAUUUAAAUCGUACAUUGAGAGUAUUUUCGGCACCGCAGCCACAGCGGAGUCAUCAGAAGGCAAAAUUACAAUAUCAACAACGUCGCCUUCCACUUCUAUAGGCCUCACAGCCAUCUAUUCAUUCAAUAUCAUGGGCAAAGCUACCCCUACCACAGCACAUACAUCUUCUUCCGCGUCAAAUACAGUGAUACCCAUAAGUACGCUUCUAUCUAAUUGUCGCCUUUUGAAAAAAAUGUCAUCUGAGGAUGUUGAAGCAACCUUACGUUUCGACCCAGGAAACUUAUUGUCAUGGACUCAGCGAAAACGACUCAUGACUGCAGUGACAGAAAAUACACUCGUCGUCGAAGCAAUGCCUAUCAGCCCUAAUACCAAGGAUUCGAAUCAUUUGUCCAAUUCUCUCCCCAAGGGACAAACCCCCUCUAACCCUAACACGAUCACUCAGAACGGAUCGGGAGCAACAAAUACUAGCCAUAAUUGUGCUCUUUGUGGCACUAGCAUAACGACACCUCUUUAUUACCAGUAUCGACUCACAGAUACAACAAGCGAAUCGAAGACUAUCUGCCCCUAUUGUAGAACACGGUUAACAUCCGUCUGCACAUUCUACAGUGUUCUUCGCAUGAUUUCGAAGCGCAUAAUAUCGAGCACCACUACUCCUGAGAAGCUCUACCUUGACUUCCUCAGGAUCCGGCUGAGCAUGUUUUUGGCGCGUUGCGGCGUUGGUGUCAUUACUGGAGAUGAAAUCAAACCAAAGCGCGAGAGUACAUUACGUGAGAGUCAGCUAGCUGUGGUUACCUCCGCGACUACAACCAACCCGCUACCACCACGUACAUCGGACAGCACUAAUAACAACAGUCGUAAUAGUCUUACAACUCCACGAAGCCUCACAUCCGGGUCAGCUACAGCUCCAACUUCAACAGCCAUUAUCACAACCAAUCUUGCUUCUGCAGAAGCAUGUGAGCUCAGCGAUAGUCCUGUAAGCACCAUUUCUGCACUACGCGAAAUUACGCCGAUCAAAGAUGUUGAUGAAAAGAUUGAAACAGAUACCGCCUAUCAUAGGCACCACUGCGAUAGCAAGAUCACUAACCAUAUUGACAUCUCUGCCAGUGGAUGA